GACGCUGCUCCAGCGGGAAGCAGGAUGGCUGCUACCUGGGGCGCCCGCCAGCACCUCCCCCGCAGGGGGGCCGGGAAGCGUCCCUGGGCCCAGGUUGCCCUGGCCUUGGCCCCGGCCGGAGCCCGAUCCUCCCUUUCCCUAACCUUCUCUUCCAGCUUUAGGACAACGCUCCCCCUGGCCGCCUUCCAGACAUCCUCUGCUCUCCUCCUUCCUCUCGCCUCCGGGUCGCCCCCGCAGCCCACCCCCAUGCUCCCCGCACCCGAUGCAGCUUGCCCCAUCUCUAGCCCUUCUCUGACCCCAACUGGGGCUGGGCAACUGUUGGGUAGCAAGGCCUACAGCGACCACGCUCCCUGCACCAAAGUGGGGUGCAGAGGGCUCCGCCUCCUGCAGCACUGGGCUAGCGCUGGCCUGGAGGGAGAGAAGCAGGGCUGUGGCGCGAGCUACCGAGGGGCUUUGCAAGAGGCACCACUUGCCUCCCCCUGGCGCUCAGCCAGGGGUCGCAGCCCUGAAGCUGCAGCCGGGGUAGGGCACAACUCUUGGGGUGACGAGGUCUCUGUGACAGGUCUCUACGACGAGGAUAGAGGAACCUGCCUGGCUGAGAGUGCAAGGCUAGAUUUUGUCACCAAGAUAAAGAAUUCUGCCUGGGGCGAGGGAGCAUGUGGUGACCCCUGCCAUCCCCACCCAUGCCUAGUGUGGAGGCACCUGCCUGGGGGAAGGCUCGUUGGGCAGAAACAGGGUAAGGCUGCCCCCUGGUGCCGGGCGGGUGCACAGACCCUUCCCCAAAGACCUCCCCUUCGGAGCCCCAGCCCCCCACCCUCCAUUGCUCCCCUCUCUGGGGACCUCCAGGGACCUCAAGCCUCUUCAGCAAGAGCGAAGUUGUUGGGCAGCUUCUCUCUCUCUCUCUCUCUCUCUCUCUCUCUGUCACACACACACACACACACACACACACACAACUGCCAGCUGAGCAACCAGUUUGGAAUUUUCCAGGGCCCAAGACUAGCCUCAGGGUGGGGUGGGGAAGCCAAGGGUUAUUGUCCUGGCUGGGGAGUUGGUGCCUGCCCCGCCUUGGUCCCAGGCUCCCCAGUCGGAGACGCUGUGGUCCCAUCCUGGGAAGCUCAGCCAUGCUGAGCUCAGCCAUCCUGGGAAGCUCAGCCAUCCUGGGAAGCUCAGCCAUCCUGGGAAGCUCAGCCAUGCGGACGACUUUACGAUGAAAAGCAGUUCCGGACCGAGCCAGAUUGAGCCUGCUAGAAUGAAUACAUGGAGAGAGAAAGCCACAGAAGCAAGAAGCUGGAAGCAAU